AUGACGAGCAACUUGCGGAGGGGAGCGGCUGACUCUCGUGAGGCAGUUGUAAAAAGGAAGAACCCCGCAGGCUGGCCUACUAAUCUCGUCCUCUGGAUCGCCUCCUUUGCUACUGGGCGAUCAGUUCAGAUCCGACUUGAUGGAGAGAUUGGCCCCUCAACAGACAUUGCCUGCGGCCUUCCACAAGGAUCCCCAGUAUCUGGCAUUUUAUUCAUGCUCUACAUAGCGCCUCUAUUCCGUCUAGGAAACCCAAGGAACAAAUUUGGCUACGCCGACGACGCAGCUAACCUGGCGAUCUCGACAUCCCUUGCUACUAACUGCGAAGCCUUAUCAGACUCACUUCAAGAAGCUCUUAACUGGGGUGCUGCAGAGGGCAUUACUUUCGCACCAGAUAAAUACGAGCUUCUUCACUUCUCUCGACGAAAAGCAGACCAGGACCCAACCUGCACACCUUCAGUAAAAGCUGGAUCUAUUACAGUCUCAGAAAAUACUAAACGCCUAUAUCUACGUUGGCUAGGAAUCCUCUAUGACAAAAAGCUCACAUUUAAAUGGCAUGUCGGUGAAACAGCAUCUAAAGCCCUCACUGUGGCUAAUGCCCUUCGCUCUCUAGGGAAUACUGCCCGAGGAGUUAAACCUUAUUUACUACAGCAAGCUGUAUUAGCCUGUGUACUCCACAAAGCAUACUAUGGUGCUGAAACCUGGUGGCCAGGACGUACUCGCCCUGGGCCUACCCAGACUUCAAACCGAGUUGGCGAACAUCUUAAGAAACUAACUAAAGUAGUACUAACAGGCGCAAGAGCAGUCCUUCCAGUUUUCCGCACAACCCCAAUAUCUGUCCUUUACCGGGAGUCUGGAUUCUCUCCACCAGAAAUUGAACUAGAUCGAAUAGCCCUCCUCGCAACUGUCCGCCUACGGCGUCUGGAUCCUUACCACCCACUUCGAAGACGCGCGGAACAGGUUGCCAGUAAUAGCCGACAAACCAGCCGAUUUGCCCGCCGCAUACUGGCCCUCCCCAACUCUGAGCAGAUAAACCCUCUCCAACACGCUCCCUGGCACCCUCGCGAGACGCGCGAGAAUGCUCAAGCUCGAAUAGGAGCUCCCAUGGGACGCAAUGGAUCUAGACUAGUAGACGGACGUGCAGGAGGAGGUUACAUUGGAUUUCAAGCACACAAUCAGUUCCUCCGCUCCUCACUCUCAUAUGGACAUGGGAAAGAGGUCUUCGACGCAGAAGCAGAAGCUGCCCUAGCUGGUGCCCAAGCAGCAAUAGCAUACCCAACAGCUCAAUUUGCUACUAACUUAUGGAUCUGCCUUGAUAACUUAGAAGUUGCCACGCGUCUUCUAUCUCCCUCUACCGGAUCUUCUCAAGAAGCCUUUGAAUCCUUCCGCACCCUUGCAGCUGGCUGGCCACUACGUGAAAGGCUUCCACACACCAAAAGUGGAUCAGUCCAAAUCCGAUGGGUCCCUGGACACACUAAAAUCCCUGAGAAUGAAGCAGCAGAUUCUGCUGCUAAAGAGGGAGCUGCCUCUACCCCCCCCUCUCCAUGCAAGUCCUCAUAUGCCUCGCUAAAGAGACACGCCAAGACUCAAUCUCUCUCUGCUGCCCAGACACGGUGGCAGACCAUAGCACCACAAACUUACCAAGAUCUAGAAAUAACUACAUCUCCUAAGCGCCCUGGAGAGCUUCAACUUAACCGACUUGACCUUGGCCAUAUCAUUGCAGCCCGUACUGGACAUGGAGACUUCGCAGACUACCAUGAACGUUUUAAUCAUGAUGAUGCUCAUCUCCUCUGUCGAUGUGGAGCACGAAAAGCACCUCUACAUUUCUUCUUCUGCUAUAUAGCUAAGAGACGAGCCCCUCGUCCUCCUGGACCUCCUUCUGAGGUCAUAUCCUUCCUUCUAGGCACCGCGAAAGGAGCACAAAAACUAGCUACAUGGCUAGCAGAGACCCGUUUUUUUGAGGAUAUCUGUCCUCGCCAACCUCUCCUUAGCACCUAG